GUUGGAUGGUAGGAGUAUGGGGUGAAGCUGGCCUUAGGGAAAUGAGAGCAGCAAUAGUAAAAAAAGAUUUAAAAAAACACAUGUUUGGCUCAAGUCAGUAGCUUUGAAAGACAGGACAGGUCAAGAAGAAGCUGGAAAGCAAGAUGAAUGAUGUAAAGCUUGCUGUCUUGGGUGGUGAGGGAGCAGGCAAAUCUGCCCUUACAGUAAGAUUUCUUACCAAGCGAUUCGUUGGAGAAUAUGCUUCUAAUUUUGAAUCUAUCUAUAAUAAGCAUUUGUGUUUGGAAGGGAAACAAUUGAAUCUAGAAAUAUACGACCCUUGUUCUCAGCCACAGAAAGCAAAAUUUUCCCUCACAAGUGAUCUGCAAUGGGCAGAUGGGUUUGUUAUUGUGUAUGACAUCAGUGACAGGUCUUCGUUUGCUUUUGCAAAAGCAAUGAUCUACAGAAUUCGGGAGCCACAAACUAGUCAUUGUAAAAGAGCCGUGGAUUCAGCAGUGCUUUUGGUUGGUAACAAGCAAGAUCUCUGCCAUGUGCGCGAGGUUGGCUGGGAAGAAGGGCAAAAGCUGGCAUUGGAUUACCGUUGCCAAUUCUGUGAACUGUCUGCAGCAGAGCAGUCUCUGGAGGUGGAAAUGAUGUUCAUCAGAAUUAUCAAGGACAUCCUGACAAACUUCAAACUCAAAGAAAAGAGAAGGCCCAGUGGAUCUAAAUCAAUGGCUAAACUGAUCAAUAAUGUAUUUGGAAAGAGAAGGAAAUCUGUUUAGCAGUCAUGUGAUCCUAGGGGAUUUAUUAUAUCAGAGCAUUUCGAACAUUUGUAUAAUAAUUAAAUUCACCCUUUGUAUAUAAUUAAAAAUGAUUCUCUUAGAGAUAUGAAAUGAUUGGCCAUGAACCACAGGUGUGUUUUCAAAUGUAUAGUUUGCCUUUUUCAUUGUUUGUGUCUCGUACACUUUGCUUCACACUUAACCUUUAUUACACAGAAGAGCAUCAGGAUAACCUAUUGGUGGAUUACCGUACAGUUUACCUUGCCAAAUAAACUCUGCUCGUGUAAUUUUAUUAAACUGCCAUCCUAAAGGG